AUGUCUUACGAGAUUGCCCUACAGCGCAUCGACGCCGCGCACAGCGACGACCCCAACACCAUCACCAUCAACGACCGCACCACCCCCUACGAACUCCACUACGCCCGCCAAAUGACCCUCUACCUCGAGCGGCUCAAUCCCACCGCCGGUCCCCUCCUCCGCCUCGCCAUCCGCGCCCAACACCUCCGCCGCUGGGAAAUCCCGCGCUCCUCCUACCCCGCCACCAAAAUCGGGUACCACUCCUGGCGCGGCGAGCUCCAGCGACGCCAGGCAGCGUUGGCCGAGCAGAUCUGCGUGGAGAGCGGGUACAGUGCCGCCGAUGCGGCGCGGGUGGGAGCGUUGGUGCGCAAGGCAGAUUUGAAGAAGGGGGAUGCCGAUACGCAGACGCUGGAGGAUGUGGCUUGUUUGGUGUUUUUGGAUGAUCAGUUUGAUCAGUUUGAGAGGCAGAUAGCCGAUGAGGAGAAGAUCGUGGGGAUUUUGAGGAAGACGUGGGCGAAGAUGAGUGAAGCGGGGAGGGCGGAGGCAUUGCGGAUUGACUUGUCGGAGAAGGGCAAGGCGUUGGUGCAGCGGGCGUUGGCGGGGUAA